AUGUCAAUUGAGUGGAUGAGGCCGGUUAUUCAUGCGGGCUCUGAUAUGGAUAUUCCGUUGCCAUCUAUGAUCUUUGUUUACAGCACUCCGGCAUUACUACUUUUGCUCGUGAUAUUCAUUGUCAAAUGGCGUCCAUGCUAUGAAUUCAGUGGAUUUGCACAUUGUUUUAGAUGGUACAUCUUGUGCUGCAGCAAAGAAACAAAGAAAGAAAUGAUAAGUAUUGAUCGACAACGCAUUCUCACAAUUGAUGCUGAGAGAUUAGCUUCUGAAUUUGAAAGUGCUCCUGAUUCUCCGAAAAGUUGCCCUGAUGUAGAGAUGCAACUGAUAUCAAGCAAUGUUAUUAUUGAAAAUGAUUAA